UGGCGCUUGUUGUUUGGUGGAACGCGCGCACACCUGCACCGCACGCACCUUCCUGCCUUCCCUCACCUCGCUUCGUGCUUGCAGUUGGAGCUGUUGCUGCUGCUGCUGCUGCUGCUGCUGCUGCUGCCUGUGUGUUUGCGCCAUGAGCUGGGUGUUUGCGUCGUUUGCGGAUCGGCUGCCGGUCCCCAUCUCCUGCGUCACCUCAACACGCGACUUUCGCUGGGUUUGCUGUGCGGACGAGAGCGGGCGGUUCACGUUGGUGGAUGCGGUCAAGUCGUUGAACGGCGAGGCCCUGCACAGCAGCGAUGAGCUUGCCAUGCCCUGUAAGCUGGCAUGGUACGUGGUGCACCGGUGGUCGGCUGCAAGCGACCCCACACGCAUCGCUAUGCACAAGGAGGGUGUCUUCCUCCUCGCAGGCACCAAGACCGGGGACAUCCAGCUCUGGGGCCUCCGCGUACACGACUUUACAAACGUCUACUCCGCCAAGCUGAACAAGGCUGCCAUCAGUGGUCUGGCACUGACAGACAAUGACACAGCUGCAGUCGCAGUGUCGCAGCAGGGCGGCCUCAGCCGCAUUGAUCUCAACACGGGCGCCCUGCUCCCCGUCAGGGCUGCACAACACAACGGCAUUGUGACAAACAUGGCCUACACAGACAACACAGCGCUCACGUGCAGUCUGGAUGGCACGUGCAAGCUGUGGGAUGUUCGAGCCACAGGAGCCGGCGACACAACCGACGCCAGCAUGACGGUGCACGACGAAGAGGCGCGGUGGAUAUUGGACACGGUCUGGCACCCGGACGGCCACCGCUUCUCCCACGUCGACCGAAACAGCAGGGUGACGGUGUGGGACCGGCGCAACGCGUCUGCCCCCGUGCACUCCCGACGAAUUGGACGACGAGCGGCACCUGCGUUCUGCGUUGCUGGGAACGAUACGCACAUGGCCGUCGGCACAGCCCUUGAGGGCGUGCAUGUGUUGGAUUGGGAGCUGAAGCCGGCGGCGAGGCUCGCGUGUGCGAGCGCCGUCGCGAGCGUGGCGCUGUCAAGAGAUUCGCGGUUCGCGUUCACGGGCUGCGGGACGGGCGGCUGGCCCAUGCUGCUGCCACACGGGCACGCCAUCGACACGCACCACGCCGUUGUUGCCGGGUUUGACAUGACGGCUGCGCUUGGGCUGAAGAAGGGCGGGCGCGAGCGAACGCUGAGCAUGGAGGAGGUUGCACGCGGACAGGCGAAGCACCGGGCAUACGAGCAACUCUACCUGUCCCCAACCUACACCAAGCGACAACAACAACAGCAGCAGGAACAGGGUGGCGACGGAUGGGGUGAUGAUGUGGUAGAGGCCAGGAGCGGUGCAGACGAGGAGGAAGAAGAGGAGGAGCAGGGCCAGGGAAAUGGGGAGGGCGGUGCUUGCAAGCAUUCCCUGCAAGCAACAGCAUCGACAACAACAAAAGGAAUGGACGGAGGGAAUGCCGUGGCGACGACAGCAACAGCACCAGCAGCAGCGACAAGCGAAGGCGGCAGUAGUGCAAGUGGUGGUGGAUAUGUUGUGCCGGACGAUGACGAUGCGCCGCUGGUUAAGCGACCAAAGCCCAUGGUGGCGUCUGCUUCCACACACGCGCACGGGCAUGGACAUGGACACGGAGGGGCAAGUGGACCGUUCUUCCACCAUGGGGAAGGACAGCCAGCGGUGUCGCUCGGCGGCGACACGGUCGCACCAGCAACAUCUGUCACACCAUCAACGACAACGACAACGGCGACAACAGUUUCCGAUUUGCAUAUGUUUGGAGGGUUUCACGAUGACACCACGCAAGAGAGCGACAUGCUUGGGUUUGGAGACGGGAGCAGGGGCAGCUCUGUGAUGGGACACGCCGUCCACACGCACGGCGAGCACGAUGUUGCGUCCAUGCAUGCGCACAUGAGCGAGCACAGUCACAACUCUGACAUUUUCGCCGGCCUGGACGACAAUUCCUCCAACUUGCACAGCAACCACGCCAUGGACACGGAUCACGGCGCCACAUUGCCACCCGCGCACACGCACAUGUUCACGCACGGCGACAACAACGGUGAUGAUCAUGGUGAUGGCAACAAUGGAGACGCGUCGUUUGGUGGAUCGCUGUUUGGGCACGCGACUGGUCGGCACGCCCUCGGUAGCGGUAGCAGUGGCAGUCGCUCGCCCGCUGUUCCAGACGCACUCGCACCAGACUUUGACAUGCUCGGGUGAUGUGGUCAAUUGUGUGUGUGUGUUGUGUUGUGUUGUGUUGUGUGUGCAAGUGUGUGUAUUCUUGCAUAUCUGUGUGUGCAUAUCUGUGUGAGUGUG